CUGGAGCAGAAGGGACGGCUGCAGCGCCUGGUCGCCAAAGAUCCCAUCACCUGCCUGGUCAUCUCUCCGGAUGACAAGUUCAUCUUCUCUGCUUCCAAGGAUGGCGCCCUCAUCAAAUGGGAGGUGGAGAGCGGGAAGAAGCUGUGCGUGGUGCCCGGGGGGAAGAAGGGCACCGAGGAGCGGCACAUGGGGCACGCGUCCCACGUCCUCUGCAUGGCCAUCUCCUCGGAUGGCAAAUACCUGGCCACAGGAGACAGGAACAAGCUGAUCAUGAUCUGGGACACGGCCACCUGCAAGCGCCUGCACAUCUUCACUGGGCACCGCGACGCCGUCUCGGGUCUGUCGUUCCGGAAGGGCACACACCAGCUGUACAGCGCCUCCCACGACCGCUGCGUCAAGGUCUGGAACGUGGCGGAGAACGCGUACAUGGAGACCCUGUUCGGGCACCAGGAUGUCAUCACGGGGCUGGACAGCCUGAGCCGGGACUGCUGCGUGACAGCGGGGGGACGGGACGGCACUGUGCGGCUCUGGAAGAUCCCUGAGGAAUCACAGCUUGUGUUUUGUGGGCACCAGGGCUCCAUCGACUGCAUCCAGCUCAUCAAUGAGGAGCACAUGGUGUCGGGCGCUGAUGACGGCCGCUUGGGAGUAGGGGUUUGGGGGUCCCCACUCCCUUCCCUGGGCUGGGGUGCACAGCAGUCUCUUCUCUCUGCCCCAGGCUCUCAUAGUGGCAAUGUGAAGCUCUGGAAGUGCGGUGAGGGAUUUCGGAAGCUGGAGCGUCUCUGGGACAUCCCCUUGGUGGGUUUUGUCAACAGCCUCAAGUUCUCAGCAGCCGGUGACUUCCUGGUGGCCGGCCUUGGGCAGGAGCACCGGUACUGGGCUUUCAAAGAAGCCAAAAACAGCAUCUGCAUCAUCCCCCUGAAGCGGAGGGCUGCAGCCCCCAGCCCCGAAGCCCCCAGUGGCUCCUAA